GCAACAGAGGCUAUAUUCGGGGUGAUUAGGUUUAUUUAUAGAAAGUUAGACUAAACUGUAUAGGAAUAAUUCUGAACCUUGGUCAUCCCUUUUUGCAAUCAGUGCACGGGGCUGUACCUCAAAACUUUGGAAAUUACUUAGCUAAGUUAAAAUGACAACUUUCCUCUACUCUAAAUGAAGAUCUCGUUGUUAUGUAAACAACAAAUUCGGCUUGAUUCACAUCAAAUUUUGCUUGGCCGGUUUCCUUAGUUUUGUGGUACACACUACUUCUUUCUUCGAAUGCACGCGACAAGUUUAGGUGGGGAGAGUGUAGCAUUCAAGGUGUAGUACUAGCUUAAAGCUUCGUAUGUAUUAUGUCACACUAACGGAUGUGAUUUUUCUAUAAAAGGAGCUUGGAAGUUGGUCUUCUAAAUGACAUGAUUGGUUUGCUUGGUAAAAUGAAUUAAAUAAUGAAUGUCGUACAUUCUUAUGACCUAAUCAUCAAAUUUGUCCGUUUUGUUCAAGAUUAUUUGGCUCUAAUGGUUAUUCCUGAUAAAUUGCACACAUUUCUUCUGAUUUUCAUUCAGCUAUCUCAGAUUUGGAUAUAAAGCUUAAGUUUUUUGCUAACUCCGACGGUUAUUAGGAUAAAACACACGUUUCGGAAAUACGUCUCGCUUAUCUUUUCUUUGUUUCUUUUUUUCCGUUAGUGUGUUUAAAAUUAUCAGAUGUUGCCUCGGAUGGCGGAAGAAUUUUCUCAGUCCGUUCCGCAAUUUGCAGCCUUAUAAAAGCCUUCUAGGGAUCUAACUUUUCCAAUUACAACAUGAAUCCCAAUCAUACAACUAAAAAAGUUAAUCAUCAAACAAAAUGUCUGCUCCAGUAGUACCAGCAAGAACUUGUCAACAAUGGAAACAAUUAUUUCAUGGUUUUUUCCCAGGAAAGCCAACUUUUAAAGAAGAUCAAUACCCUAGCUUUGAAGGAAAAGUUGUUAUAGUUACGGGUGGGAAUACCGGUGUAGGUUAUGAAACUGUUAAAUCCUUGGCUGGUUCAACAAAGGCUAAAUUGUAUAUCUUUUCUAGAAGCGAAGAAAAAACCCUCGAGGCAAUCAAACAGAUUCAAUUGGAAGUCGCCAAAGAAUACAAUAUCCCCAACCGGGAAAUUCAUUUCAUCAAGGUUGACUUAAGUGAUUUAGAAACAAUCAAACCUGCUGUUCAAAAGUUUUUGUCUCAAGAAUCGAGAUUAGAUCUCAUCAUUCAUAAUGCUGGUGUGAUGACUCCACCUGUUGGUUCAAAAUCUAAGCAAGGUUAUGAGUUACAACUAGGCACAAAUACCAUUGGUCCACACUUACUCCAACGUCUCUUGGAUCCUAUCUUUAUUGAAACUUCCAAAAAGAAUGCUCCUGGUGUAUCUCGUAUUGUAUGGGUUGCUUCUUCUGCUCAUCAAUCAGCUCCAUUAGGAGGGUUCCAUUGGGACGAUCUCAAUUUUGAGAAAAUUAAAAUUUCUAAAACAGACGAGAUGAUGGUGUAUGGUCAAAGUAAGGCUGGUAAUAUUAUGCAAGCUAAAACAUGGACUCGUAAACAUAAUACUGGCUCUCAAAUAAUAAGUUCAUCUUUAUGUCCUGGUUAUUUGAAUACUGAUUUACAAAGACAUGUUUCCUCGUUUGAAAAGUUUCUUGCCAAUUGGUUAUUGCACCCAAGAAGAAUGGGUGCAUAUACUGAGUUGUUUGCUGCUUUUUCUCCAGAUGUCAAAGACGGUUCUUAUAGUAUUUCUUUUGGGAUCCCAAGUCAAGCAAGAGAUGAUCUUCUUCAAGAUGAUGCUUGUGAUAAAGUCUGGAAUUUCCUUGAUGAGGCUACUGAUCCUUAUAUGUAAGAUUUUAUAGAUAUUUAUGGUAAUCUUUUUUUUUAAUAAACAAUUUCUUAGUGU